GCGGGCAUCGGCGUGGGGGCGGGCUGGAGGCGGCGCCGGGCCCUCUCGGUGCACGAAGUCACGCUGCAGCCGCAGGCGACGCAGCCGGGCUCGCAAGGCUCGCAGGGCGCCAAGCCCACGUUCUACGUGCCCUCCCCCAUGGAGCGCGCCGCCGAGGAGGACGAGGACUCCCCGGGCGUCGGCCCCGUGUCGCUGCCGCCCUUCGCCUUCCGGGACGCCGACGUCAGCAUCCACAGGCACAGAAAACCUUCGAGUAACUGCUCCUCCGGCCGGGGCACGGGCACGCCGACCGAGGACAUCGACCGGCGGAGCACGGGCAGCAACGGGUCGUCGUCGUCGGGGGCCUCGUCCAAGGGGCUGCCUCACCACCACCACCAGCACCACCACCUCCACCACCGGCCGCCGCCGCCCGCGCCGUGCUGGGACCUGGGCUACCACUCCAUCGAGGGCUGCCCCACGCCGACCGCCUACGAGCCAGUGUACCAGGGCGACCGGCUCCGCGGCCGGCCGCUGACGCGGUCCCCCGGCACCGCGCAGCCCAGCAACCGCGUCUCGGGCCUCCGGCACGCGUCGCCGUCGCCCGUCCGCACCCCGGACGCCGCUGUGGUCGCCGUGGCCGCCACCCCCGAGCCGGCGCCCACGCUGCGCGCCAAGUCCCAGACGCCCGAGGUGAAGAAGAAGUCGGUGCGGCUGUCCAAGGUGUUCUCCUCCGCCGUGCACCUGCGCGCCAGCCCCAAGGACGCCAAGGACGACGGCAGCGCGCGCAAGAAGGACAAGGAGGACAAGAAGAAGGACGAGGACAAGGACCGCAGCAGCCUGAGCCGCGAGCGCGGCCGGCGGCUCGUCAAGCAGCUGCAGCGGAGCCUGUUCGGCGGCAGCCUGUCCGGCCGGUCCCGCUCCGCCACACGGCCCGCGCACCACGGCAGCUGCGACCUGCUCGCGCCCACCAAGGCCCAGGCGCGGCUCCGGGACCGCCUGACGCCGGCCGGGGCGCUGCCCGACGACGCCAACAACAACAACAGCAAGAGCAAGGACGCGGCCGACAACAACAAGAGCAUGGGCGAGCGGCGCAAGUCCUCCGGCAUGGUGCUGCAGUCGACGCCGUGCCCCCGGGAGGACAAGACCCCCCGCGAGGAGGACGAGGACGAGGUGGACGACGUGGAGGAGUCCAAGUUCUGCACGCUGCCGCGCCACUCGGCCGCCAACGCCUUCACCAUCCAGUCCUGCACGUUCCAGAAGGGCCCCGGCCACAAGGGGCUGGGCUUCAGCAUCGUGGGCGGCAGGGACUCGCCGCGCGGCAACAUGGGCAUCUUCGUCAAGACCGUGUUCCCCAACGGCCAGGCCGCCGACUCGGGCCGCCUCAAGGAAGGCGACGAGAUCCUGGCCGUGAACGGCAAGGCUCUGCAUGGCUUCAGCCACCUGGAGGCCAUCGGCGUCUUCAAGGAGAUUCGGUCUGGGCCGGUGCUGCUGCACAUCGGGCGCAGGCUGAACCGGCGGCGCCGCGAGCCCUGCAGCAACGCCCUGGGCCCCAUCGGCAACGCAGCGGUCAGCGCGCCCGCGCCGGCCGUCUGCUCAUGAGUGGAGCAAUCACAAAAGAGGAAUGUGGACACCUGUGUGGACAGUCGUAACUUAGACCAACCAAAUUUAUUCCAAUUUUUUACAUUUUUUGAAUUUUUUGAAAAUUUAUAUUGGUUUUCAGACUAAAUCACUCGGAAAUUUUUGUAAUUUUUUGUCUUAAUUUUGUUUGGAAAAUGUUUGUAAAAAUUCUCAAAAUUUCCACAAAAUUUUGAAAUUUUUAAAUUUUUUUAUAUUUAAAUUUUUAGUGUACAUUUUUUUGGCUAGUUGUUUCCCCCUCGGGACCAACAAACGUAGACCGCCUUUUUUGAUGUCCUGUGACUACCAACUCUCGGACUGUUUCAUGUUCCAUGAGUCAACUCCUGGUGCCAAAUUACCGUCACUGACUAAAGGGAGUGCGUGGACAGACUCCCAGUGCUGCAAAAGAGAACCUGUUGGGGUGGCAGCUGUUGUCUGCCAAUAAUUUUCUGCCGUUUUUAUUUAUUUUUUGUCGGAACUGAAAAGAACGAUUCUACAUUGCUUCCGGUGAAUGGUGCUUUUACUCUUCAUUCAUCCUCCCAAUGGAAUAUUCAGUUUCCAAAGGAGACCCAAGUUUUGCUGGGACAAAGCUUAAUUGAAAAUUGCAAAAGUUUUACUUGAUAAAAUUUUUGCUAAAUUUUCAGGAGGGUAUGUUCAAUGGCUGCAGUUGACACUUAAUACAGACCAGAAGAGCUGCUAUUUCUGGAUUGUGUGUCAAAUUUUGAAUAUUAUAAUCUUAACACUCAUGAGACUAGUCUAGAAUAAAAUUGAACCAUUUGAUUUUAUCAAUGUUGACCAUUGGGCAUAAUUCGAUGUCUGUGAUGAUGAAUUGUGUCAACAAGAUUUUUCUACCUUUCCCCCUUUUUUUGUGACUGACAAAGUUAGUUGCAUACAUACUUUAUUAAAUCAUAUUAAAUCAAAACCUUCUUGUAAACAUUAGUAAUUCUUGUAUUUAAACACCAAAGAUAUCUUUUCUCCUUUUCUAUCUUUCCCUAUGUACAGCAUUCCUUGAUUUGUUAUUUUUUUAGACCUGUAUGAUUUGUAUGAUAAUAAAUUUUGUAACAUGUUGCUAAUGUUAAGACCUAAGCCACACCUGGAUAUACAACCAGUGGGCAUAUUUGAAUGAUCUAAAUUUGCCCAUUUAUUGAAUGUUUAGGUGUUACUAUUGAAUGUGUGAUACAACAAUAAAGCAAUCAAAAUGA